AUGGAUGACGCCCAUAACACUCUGGCUCAUGAGGUUAUUUUUUGAUCUUUUUUCUUUCGAUAAAAUUAACGGAAUCAAAAAAAAAGCUUUCUUAGCUCAACAAAGAUACUUACUUUAAAUAUCCAAAACUGCAAAAUAUUCAAAAUGCAAAAAAUUUGACAGUUAUUGAGACGAAAGUUUCAAAUUUGCAGCGUGUACUCCUAUAAUACUCACGUCUUUUUUUCUCAAACCUUUUUUCAGCUCCUAACCGAAAAGCGAAUUGCUUUUCAACUGAAAGAGAUUGAAAAAGUUUUUCAGUAAAUUUGGAUUUUAAUGAGUUUUGAGAGCUUGAAAAAAUUUUUAAAAAAUCAUAAGGUUGGAAUGGAAAUCGUUCCGAAACAGUGCAAUAGUCUUUUCUCCACUUUGAGCUGUCAAAAAUUUUUUUUUCAAUUUACCUUAUUCUGUUUUUGAUUGAAACUAUGAUAACGUUAACCAGAUGCACCAAGUAAUCUCAGUCUUAUUCAAAAGUCCUAUAGUGUUUCCUGCCUAUGAGAGUAAACAUUGAUAAAAGAAUUUCAGCCAACAGAAACUGCCCAGCCGAACGGCCCGGCCAUCACAAGCGGUGAAGCAGAAAAAGUUCCAGAGGUCAGAGACGGCGGAGCGACAGAAGACCCCGAAUUGAACAGAGUCAGUUUAUGAACUCCGCUUGAAGAGAUGGUUUUCAAUAUGCUGAUUGACGAAACUGUUCCUUAUCCCACGUCGAAAAAACUGACCAAAGCUAUUCUUCGGAACAUCAUCGAAAAAUUUUUGGUUGACGAGGGAGCUGAAAAAUUCACACGCGUUGAGGUUGACGCAAUGUGCGCAGAACACAACGCCGACGUUGUGCGCCUUCCGCCUUACCACUGCUGUUACAAUCCAAUCGAGCUGAAUUGGAGCCAGCUCAAACAUACUCUUUGUUCCGAAGGAACAACUCAUGGCAACCUCGAAAUGGUAAACUUGUCAUUUCUGAUGAAAAAAAAAAAAUCCUUCGAAACAAAAACGAAAAAAUUAUUUUAGAUUCGUAGAAGAGCUUUGGAUUAUUUGAAGGGCGUGCAACCGGAUUUGGCCAUAAAAUGGAUUAAACAUUGCGAAAAAGAAGAAGAAGAAGCGUUUGAAGCGGAGUUUCCGUUUCAUGCUGUGCAAUCUAUGUUAUUCCCUCCGUUGCAGAGAUGCACGAAAGUAGAAAUUGAGAAUGCGGAAUGCGGAACUAAAUUAAUUUUUGCGAGUUGCGUAACUCAGAAUUCCGUGCAUCUCUGCUCCUGUUGCUGGUUUUUACGUGAUUAUAGUUCCAUCAAUAGAUGUUUUCUUCUCAUUCUUGUUGAAAUUUUGGAAGGCUAGUUUGUGUAUAGUCUGACAUAGAACGCUUGAAAAUUGCCACAGCUCCCCUCUCUGACAUUCACUGUUAUUUCGUUUUCUCGAAGCGGAAGAAUUUUGACGACUUUUGGGCGCCCCAUAGCAAUCAGUAAUCUGAUUGACUUCGCGACGGUGAAGUGUGCGACAGAGCGCACUUUGCGGCAGACAUCUGGAUUAAGGGUCUCGCAGCGACGCGAAACGCGGGAAACAUUGACGUUGUUCUCGUCGUUACUUCAUUCUCAUUCAGUCGUUGUACUUCGGUCUGCUGCGGUCUUCUGGUUCUGGUCCUCUGGUUCUGGUCUUCUAGUCGCGGUCUUCUAGUCAGAAAAAAAGGUUUCUUCUUUUAAAAUUGAGAAUUUGAGCAUGGUGAGGUUUUCAGAAACUUUACCUGCCACAAUAAAAACUUCCUGGCUAGUUUUCAUAUAAUCUGAAGUUUCAAAUGAAAAUUUUUAUGUAAAAGUAUGUUUUCCAGGUGUCCUAUGA